UACUCUUUUUGGUCAGACUGUAGAGGGUGCAGAAGUUUUCAUUUAGGAUAAUUGCGAAAAUUAAUUUUAACUAGUGAAAACUACGUUUUAAAUAUCUCCAUACGGAAAACUAGUUUUUAUAAAGGUACGCUCGUUUCCCCAAAAAUGGAUUACGUAAGACCGUAAGUAUGUAUUAUUUCGGUAACAUAAACUUAGUUUAUUUUUAAUUGCAAACUUAAACGGACUAAAGAAACCAUUUAAUUAUAAAAUACUGGUGGAUUCAUUGCCAUCAUGACAAAAAUGACAUGUUACAUAGAUGUCAAUAGAAUUCUAAUGACUCCUGUUGUCAGACGUAAUUUUUUGUUGUGAAUGUUUAUUUGUAUUUUAUGUUUUUCAAAAUUGUUUGUGUAAUGUGAUCGAUCUUCCGAACGCCUAGUUUAAGAGUAAUAUUUUCAUUAAACAUUUUUUCUUCAUUUUCUUGAUUUGUUGUUCAAAUCAGCUUCAUUUACAAUGGGAUUAAUUAAAGAUCUAUUGCAUAUGGACCAUGAGAACCACCUGCCAGUCCAAAUAAAGCCCAAAACCGCGAACCAACACGAUUGCCUCCGCACCAGCGAGAAGAUCCGGUACCUCCUCGCCCAGUUUCCUCCAGCGAAACCCAUUCACGAUCUACAGUAUCCUAGAUACAGUCACGACCAACUCUGUGGAAAGUGUACAGCCCCGCUUUCCAAAUCUAAUUCCCACCCGAUUCCUCCGUUUCCCGACUAUAGCCUGGACACAGAAACGAUUGCUGGCCGAUCAGGAAACGAUCCAGCUAGGACACAGCCCGGCAGUGUCAAGAAGAGUCGAGUGUGGAGUGCAGUGGCGGAGGUAGUGCAGCUGGUGCAGCUGGUGGUGACGGCGACUGCAUUUGCACUCUACUACGUCAUCUACGGCUGGAUGCAGCUGGUCUACCACGGGUUACGAGUCGCCAUGUUUUUCAGAGAUUCUGACGGACCAACGAAGGUGACGCUUGGGGUGGUUGGGGUAACCUCAGUCAUCGUGGGCUUCAACUUGAUCAUGCGCAUUCAUAAAAUCUACUCUGAUAUCCUGCGAUAAAUCCUAAACUUUUUGGCACGUGAUUUUCUACGUCAAAAGCUUUUUUAGCUUCUGUAUUAUUGUCAUAUAAAGUUGGCGAAAUUUCGGCUUUGUAAGUAAUCGGUACAAAUAUUUAAAAUUAAACGUUACAUUUUUUAUAAGUCAAAUAAAUGAUCCCAACAGUUACCUAUCUACUGUUAUUUAUU